UUUCACCCCUCCCAGCUCAACACUCGCUUCUCAACAAACAAUGUCAUCGGAAUUUCGGAAUCUAGCCCUAUUUUCCUUUCCCCCUUUUCCCCCUUUCCACGAGACGAGCCAGAUCUGCGAAGCUCCAUUUCAAAUUUCGAAACACAACAGCACGCCCGAUUCUUUCAGUUUUUCGAUCUCUUCGAUUCGAUUUCUUAUUGGUUUCGAAUCGGGAGCUCGUUAACGAUGAGCGAUUUCAAUCUCGCUCUUGUAAUCGUCGCGAUAGUCGUCUGUGUCAUUAUAUUCAUCUUCAAUGUGUACCUUCUGGUUAAUUACCAGCACCCUGAUGAUAAGAAUCAGGCGUAUUUUCCUAAAGUUGUCGUCGUUUUCGGCCUCUCUGUUGCCUUGAUUUCUAUUUUGAUGUUACCGGCUGACGUCGCUAAUCGGCAGGCUUGCAAGCACGCUUUGUAUAAUGGCGCUUGUAACCUCACAUUGCCGAUGAAGGAUCUGUGGCUCGCUAUCUAUAUCGUCGAUGCUGUGCUCGUCUUCUUCAUUAUUCCUUUCGCCAUGUUCUACUACGAAGGAGACCAGGACAAGGGCCUUGGCAAACGGAUCAAAAGCGCCUUGAUAUGGGUUGUGGUAAUGGCAAUUGUCUGUGCUCUCCUGUUGGGAAUUUUAUACGGGCUUGUAGGAGAAGUUGACUUCACCGUUAUGCAUCUCUCCUCAAACACUGCUUCUUUUCCCAAUCAGUGGCAGUUCUCUAGCAGCCAGCCAUGCAUUGGAAAUGGUGCCCGGCAGUGUUCAGCAUUCACAACAAGUGCCUCAUCGGAGAAAACAUGGACAAUGCGCACUACUUUUCCUGAAUAUGUUGUUGCUCUUGCCACUAUUGUUGGAUCCGUACUCUUCUCUAUAUUUGGAGGUGUUGGCAUUGCAUGUCUGCCCUUGGGCCUCAUUUUCUCAUUCGUUAGGCGUCCAAAGGCCGUUAUCACUCGUUCACAAUAUAUCAAGGAAGCAACAGAUCUAGGGAAAAAAGCAAGAGAAGUGAAGAAAGCUGCUGAUGCACUUCACCAGGAAGAAAGAAGUGGUUCUAAGGGUAGAAAAUGGCGAAAGAAUGUGAAGGCUGUAGAGAAGGAGUUGCUUCAAUUGGAAGAAGAUGUAAAGCUUUUAGAAGAGAUGUACCCACAAGGAGAAAAGGCGGAGACUGCAUGGGCAAUGACUGUUCUUGGCUACUUGGCAAAACUUGUGUUCGGAAUUUUGGGGUUGAUUGUUUCAGUGGCUUGGGUUGUACAUAUUGUUAUAUAUCUACUAAUUGAUCCCCCGCUUUCUCCUUUCCUGAAUGAAGUUUUUAUCAAGCUGGAUGAUGUCUGGGGUCUUCUUGGAACUGCAGCUUUUGCCUUCUUCUGCUUCUACCUUCUUCUUGCAGUAGUUGCUGGAGCCAUGAUGCUUGGCUUGAGACUAGUUUUUAUCACAAUUCAUCCCAUGAAGUGGGGAGCCACUCUGAUGAACUCGUUCCUAUUUAAUGUGGGGCUUAUCCUCCUCUGCUCUAUCAGUGUGAUUCAGUUUUGCUCCACGGCAUUUGCAUAUUAUGCACGAGCAACUGCGGCACAAGAAAUCUUUGGACACACAUUGCAGUCUCUUCGCGGUAUCAAAUAUUUGUACAAGUAUAAUGUGUUUCAAAUAGCAUUCGUUGCGUUGGCGGGAUUAACCUUCGUGUAUUAUGCUGCCUUCGGAUGGAGAAGAAAGAAGCCCACUGGCAGAUUCCAGCUUUCCUCGUAAUCGUAUGUGUUUCCUCGACAAAUCGAUAACUGACUAGGCCAACAAAUUCUCUAUUGUUCGUCAUCCUUUUUACAUUAAUUUAUUUGAAGGUCGCGUUUGGCGGAGUCUUUCAUUGUUGAAACUUCGUGAAGUUGGCUGAAAACAAUCCAGAGUUGAGUGAGACAUUGUGAGUGCUGCUGCUCUGCUUCUUGACUGUGUGUACUUUAAAAAGCCUUUUGUAUGUAUUGUUUUCUUUGAUUUGGGUUCUACGUUGGCUUAGGGCAUGUAAAAUUUAACAAAAUGGUUGGUUCUUUGAACGCUCUAAAACGGUCUUUUAGGAAAUACCUUUCUUUGUAAUAUAGCCAAUUGAGGAUGAAAUAGUUGUACCAUUUCUUUAAUUCAUAUUGAUGCUUCUAUUUUAAUUUA